AAUACUCUCGGUCCGAGGACCCCUUUUCCUCCAGGACGUGCGCUUACAGCCAGCCUACCUUAGCGUCUCUAGGCUUCCUUUACAUAGUAGCAGACACAGUCAACCCACCAUUUCCCCCCGAAGUGGCCCCAGCGGUUACAGACAUUAUUUACAGAUCUCCCACAAUGCAACUAUUUACAUUCAAUCAGUAACGCGGGUCGUUACAAUAGUAAUAGGCUUGAAACAAGCCGUGAUUCUUAUCAUUCGCUGAAAUGGUUAUGACAGUAUACGUUACAUUUCUUUUUUAUAUGCAAAAAUUGCAGUUAAAUAAUUGGAGAGCUCACAAUACGCGCUAUUCACGCUCCUCCCUAAACAACCUUUAAUUUUAAACGCUUUCAAAGUCCCCGCAUCUCGGCCUUCAAUCAGAAACCGAUGAAAUGAGAUCUGUGCCGACUCCGCCGCUCCUCUAGAGGGCAGCACAGUACUGCGGUGCUGUGGGCCCAUCACGUCGGCGUCGCUCUCUCUGUUUCUUUGUCGUCGUCGUCGUCGUCGUCGUCGACUCGGUACCGGAAAACGUGUCUUUCUGCGAGUGACAUUGUAGGAGUUGCUGGCACGUUUAUGUCAACUAGUUUGCUUGUUUUCUGUUUUUUUGACAUACUUCUCAUGUGUUGAGCUCUCUCUGGUUUCCCGUCUCGUCUGCACGACACCUACGGAAAGUGAAGCUCAGUGGUUUCUCCUACUGCGAUAUUCACUCAGUCACUGUCCUUCCUUGCUGGAGCCGGACUCUGUGUCUCUGACUGAGCGGAGCCCGAUGUGCAAUGGCUGCACGCGGCACAUCUCUGCUCGUGUCCUCUCUUUUCAGGCCUCGCGGCCGGUUGUUUGGUGGCAUUUCGAGGAAAGCGCUGCUGCUUGACAGGAGGCCCGCGGGGCCUCAGUGCCACCACCAGCAGUGGCUGGUCGCGCACGAUUAUGGAAAGAAGAGCGCAGAUCCAGAUGCGCAUCAUCGGCAGCAUCAUGAUCAUCCGAUUCAUCAUCGUGAUGUGUUCGCAUCUCAGAGGCAGUUUGUGGCUCUGCGCAGUUUCUGCAGCGAGGUGCGUCGAUCAGUUAGUGCACCGGCGUCUCCUUUCCACGAUGAAGGCCAGCAAUACCCACCUCUGCCCGAGUACGGCUGCGAGCAAAGGGAAAAGGAGCAUUUCAUAGUCCAGGCAAAAGGUCUCCCCUGGUCGUGUACAGCUGAAGAUCUUUCGUUCUUCUCAGAAUGCAAGAUCCAUGGUGGAGUGAAUGGAAUUCAUAUGAUACACAACAAACAUGGGCAGCCAAGCGGGAAAGCUUUCAUUGAGCUGCAGUGCAAGGAAGAUGUCCGAAGAGCACUAAGGAAGAACAUGCACUAUCUGGGUCACCGCUAUGUAGAGGUACAGGAAGUGACAGACAGCGAUGCUGAGAACAUAGUGAAGGCGUCAGUGCAGCUCCCUGCCGCUGACGGAGUGGUUAAACUCAGAGGGCUUCCUUUCAGUUGCACUGUGGAGGAUAUUGUUCACUUCUUUGAAGGUCUGGAUAUUGUUGGAGGUGGUGUGACCCUGGUUUUUGAUGCCCACGGGAGAAACACAGGCAUUGCUUAUGUCGAGUUUGCUUCACAGGAAAUGGCUGAUCAGGCUUUACAAAAAGACAGAGAGAGAAUAGGAAGCAGGUACAUCGAAAUAUUCCCAAGCAGAAAAAGUGCCAUUCAGUCUCACUUCCGUAGCCAGAGGGUUUCUCUGACAGACUACUUUAACAGCGAACAAGUGUCAGACAGUGAUGCUGAAGGCUUGCCGAAGGCACCAGAGCAGCUCCCCACAAAUGGUGGUGUGGUUAAAAUCCAAGGGCUCCCAUAUAGCGCCACUGAGGAAGAUGUUAUUCAGUUUUUCGCAGGUCUGGACAUUGCUGAAGAUGGAGUUACCCUGGUUUUUGAUAGAAAAGGGAGGAGUACAGGCAUUGCCUAUGUGGAAUUCACCUCACAGGAAAUGGCUGCUCAGGCUCUGGAGAAGCACCGGGAGACAAUGGGGAGCAGGUACAUUGAGGUGUUCCCCAGCAAAAAAAGUGGCAUCAGGUCUGGAUACAGCAGCAGGGCUCCAGUCUCUCCAGUCCCCACAAUGGAAGGGAACACUGACCAAGCUACACAGCCUGACCUUCAUCCUCAAAGCAGUAAUGUUGCUCCAGCAUUGGGAUCAACUAACAUUCCCAGCAUAACACAACACUGCGUACAUGUGAGGGGGUUGCCCUUCUGCGCUUCUGGACAAGAUAUCGUCAAUUUCUUCUCUCCACUACAGCUGGCUAAGAUCUGUAUUGAAUACGGUCCAGAUGGUAGAGCUAGUGGGGAAGCGGAUGUAUACUUCACCUGCCACGAAGAUGCCGUGUUAGCAAUGUCCAGAGAUAAGGCCUGUAUUGGUGAGCGAUACAUCGAGCUGUUCCUGAAUUCUCCAACGGCCGGAAGUUAGGAGUCAGACAAAUGCUGCCCUACACUAGCAGCGCUGUAAAAUGUUCUGGGUAGACUGCAGUAAUUCUUGUU